AUGGAAGGCCUGAACAACAUGAUUAAGGCAGCAAAAGUCAAUGGAUGGGUUAAAGGUUUUGAGGUUGACAGGAAUGGAUCGAACAGUCUAGAGAUCACACAUCUCCAAUAUGCUGAUGAUACUCUAGUCUUCUGUGAUGUUGAAGAGGAGCAACUGAGGUUUCUGAGGAUUAUCUUGGUUCUGUUUGAGGGAAUCUCAGGACUCCACAUCAACUUGAGAAAGAGCCAUAUUUAUCCCAUUAAUGAAGUUUAUAAUAUGGAGCAACUGACAUUUGUACUGGGAGGAGAAGUAGGGUCUCUACCUACUAUUUACCUUGGGAUGCCGUUGGGUGCAAGAUCUAAAUCCAAAGAGAUUUGA